ACAAAUUGAUGAACUAGCUACUAUUAUAAACUUUUUUUUCUGGUUAUUUUGAAAAUAAUUAGUUUGCAUAUAUAAGUAGAAGAUGACUAUCACCAUAAUUAAUGGACCUCAUAAAAGUAACUUCUUCACAGCUACUAUAUUAAUCUUCUUUAUGCCGAGCUGCUCCGUAAAUCAAUUACCGCAUGCUCUAGUGCGCAAUUUUUUGGUUUCUGUAUGUUGUAGGCAAGGUAUGGCUGUGACAAAAUUAUCAACAUCGUCGGAGAGUUGGGUGGACACACUGAACGGAAAGUGGACGCCAUUGCUAUUUCUUGUAUUUGGCAUAGUGGCAUUUUUUGGUCCUAUGUAUUUUAGCUCAAUUGAAUGUAGGGUUCCUCGAGAAUUCACCACUCAUGAUACUGCAACCACCAAAUCUCAGUGUUAUGAAGCCACGAAAAUUCGGAAGUUUUCUCCAAGACUUCCUGACACCGAUCCAAAUAAAGUUUCAGAAGUUUAUCUAGGAGAUGGAUAUAAAGAUGGUGAAAGAACUCUGUAUCAAUAUGUUUCAUUAAUCUUGAUUUUGCAAGCUCUAUUUCUUCGAAUUCCGUUCAUUGUAUGGAAGUUGGGAGAGAGGAGAUUGGGUAUUCAUUACUGUGUCAACACACAACACCAGGGAGACGAUCGUAAGUCUGUGGGAAGAAGACUGGCAGUCUACCUGGACCAAUGGAUCCAACACCGGAAAGUAAACAUUCUGUCACUAGGGGCAUUUACAAUUUUUCAUUCCUUUAUCAAAUUGCUUUAUUUCGUAAACGCAUCAAUGCACUUAGGAUUAUUGGACUCGUUCCUGAAGCACGAGAAUGAAACCAGCUUUGGAUCCCAGAUUUUAGGAAACAUUAGAGAAAACAAGUCAGUUUUUCAGAGUUCUCCAGCAUUCCCAAGGAAUGCUAUAUGUACUUUUUCCAUACCUCUUCUUCAAAAGGAUCAAUGGUUUACGGUACAGUGUUCUUUUCCAUUCAAUCCGUAUCUAGAACAGAUAAUGGCUGUGGCCUGGUGGUGGUUGAUGUUCAGCGUUGCUGCAACUGUAGCCGAUGGUUUAUUUCACGUUUGUGGUGCCAUCUUUCCGUUUUUCAGGGUCUGGUUUGUUAAAUCAAAUCUGAUGAAACUAGAUCUUGAAAAUUCAAAUCAAGUUUUGACGGACCGAAGUAUUCAACAAUUUGCUAAUGACACUUUGGGCGAAGACGUCAUAUCCUUCCUGAAGCAGGUCCAAGAAACUGAAAACGGGUGCGUUGUUAUGGAAACCGUCACAGAAUUAUGGAAGAUUUGUAAUGGUAUAACACAACCUAGUCCAGCCAUAGUCACCUACUCUGUACAACAUCCAAGUUCUAGACCGAAUUGUCCAACUGUACAAUAUCAUAAACAGACAGGAGAUAUACAAGAUGGAUCAGAGGCAUACAAAGGUGAAGGUCACCAGCCGACUGCGCCAUUACUAUAUCCACCAGUGAUGGCCGGCACACAAUGACAGAAUCCUCGGAGACUUAGAUAACUAGUCUUCUUCUGUGCUCCAGAAAUGCUCUAUGAAUAAUAAUAUGUAAUCUCAUUCAAAUCAUAGAUCUGUAGUUGCUCGUACAUGUAAUGCAAUGUCUUGUAAAUCAA